AUGGAGUUCUUCUUUUUACUCUUCUGUGCAGUACUGGGACUGUGCCCUCCAAGAUGGAUCCCAUACAAGGAAGAGCUUUGUCUUUAUAUCGCAGAUGGGCCUGCUCUGUCCUGGAGUGAGGCCAGACUCUUCUGCCAGGACCAAAGAGCAGAACUGAUUGUCAUCAAGAAUUACAACAAGCAGAUGUUUCUGACGGGCCUUAUAGAUGGUACCAGAAGACGUGCUUCUUACUACUGGAUAGGGUUGAUGUGGCAAGAGGCAAAAGCUCAGCUUACCUGGGUGGAUGGAACUCCAAUAUCACAGAGUUGGUACAGUAAUUGGUUGCAGGGACAUCCCAAGAAGGGGUGCUGUGUACAGCUGGUGGGCUUCUAUACUAGCCAGUGGCGAGACUGGGACUGUAAUGGAAACAGCUCCUUCAUCUGUGAGGUUCCAGCAAGAGAUGCCUUCCCUGGCUCUGUGAGGAAGGUCCGUUUCAGUUCCUACUGCUACGCCUUCCAUUUCCCAUCCUUCCGGGAAGUGAGGUCAUGGAGAGAUGCCCAGGCUUUAUGCCAGGAAUCUGGAGAGAAUUUAGUGACCAUCCGCAAUGAAGAGGACAAUGCCUUCCUUUCCUAUGCCUUUCCUGUAGAUGGCUGGUACAUGUGGAUUGGACUGCGCUUUGGCACUGCAUGGAAGUGGAGUGACUCUUCUUUCCCUGUUUAUUUCCGAUGGCAUCCAGACGAAGCCCCAACUAAGACACUGGAUCAGUGUGCAGUGCUGAGUCUCCAACCAGAUGACGUUGCCCGCCAUGGAACGUGGAAAACCAGGUCUUGCAAUGCACGCUCUGCUUCCGAGCCCAUAGGCUUUAUCUGCCAACACAAGGAUGAGUUUUGUGGUCUGCCAGAACCUGUGGAAUUUCCCCUUCCUGGUGGGAUGGGUCCACACACCACAGUUGAUGUUGUCUUCACUUUGCCUGCGCAGUCUUCCUGUUCUUUGUCCUUGAUUGGACAGUAUGCCUACACCAUCCCUUUCCAGAUGAGUCUCGUGUCUGAUGCCACUCAUGUGCAUGGCAGCAUUGUGACUGCACUUGGCAAUAUUUCAAUUUAUAAGAAUUUCCCUCGUGUGCCUUUUUCCCCUGGGCUCAACACAUGGAGUUUCAUCACCUUCCCUGAUGGUAUUGCAAGCUUCUUCAACCACCGGGAGCACUUCCGACUUUCUGAUGCCCAAGACAUUUCUUUUGCUAAUCUCAGCUCUUUGCGGAUGAAUGGAGUGAUCGUGGCCAAUGCAUCCCUAGAGUAUCGCCUUUCAUCUGACCUGCACUUCCCAGGUAGCAGCAGCCUGCAGCUGGAGAAUGCCAUCAAUCGCUACCUGGGCAACUUUACCAUUGGCCUGUGGGUUCGAAGCAGCUUUACUCUCCCCCCCAAGAUGUGUCUGAUUAGCUACUCACUGAAGUGGAGACCACUGGAAUUUGCACUCUUUCUUCUCUCUCCUUCAGGAUUGGAAUUCCAUGUCAAAGGAGCAGUGAUGUUUAACGGCACUAGUGGCUUUCUCCUGGAUGGGUCCUGGCACCAUGUGGCUGUGGCUGUCUCCAGCACUCCUGGUGUCAUUCCCUUCGAGGUAUUUGUCGAUGGAGAAUCCUGGGAGCCAGACUAUGCUGAUGGCACCAGCUUCCUGCAUAAAGGGCUGUCUCUGGGAGGAAAACUGAGUGUGGGACAGAUGGAAGUGGACAGCAGAGGGACCAAAUUCUAUGUGGGUGAUCUCAGUGAAGCCAAUCUGUGGGACCAAGUUCUCUCUGAGUUUUCUGUAAAGCAGCUAGCAGCCUCCAAGACCAAAUGGAAGUACCCUGGUAAUGUGGUGAGCUGGAACCAGCUGCUGGCUAAAAGACCUGUCACCGUGCAGAUCAGCACCCCAAGCGAAGAUCCAGAUGCUGCCUUUGUGUGGUUUGGCCUCCUCCGGCUCAGAGGGAGACGUUCAGUCCUGUGCACUGAUCCAGAGCACUCUUGGGUCUAUAUUGAGCCUAUACCGGAGCUGUGCCUCAAACAUGCCUUUUGGGGAUUGCAGCUGAAUGGGCGAGUCCGCAAUAUUGCAGACCCUUCUUCCUGUCUUCUGGUGGCACCAGAUGGAGUCUCUCUGCUGAGUAACUCAAACUGUUCCACUGAUGCCAAGAACUCCUUCCGCCUGCUGCCAGACCAGCGCCUGCAAAACCUCAACUCUGGCUUCUGCUUGUUUCAAGAAGUCAUAAGUAGCAGACUGUGCAUGAAGAAAUGCACAUCUGAAGCCUUGUACUUUGCUUUGGACUGGGAUGUGCACUGCCCUCAGUCCCGGGGAUGGAAAGCCAGAAAGGAUAAGUGCUUCUUCUUUGUGCUGAAUGUGGCCCUCAAGUGGCAGCAGGCUCUAAAAUUUUGUCAGAGAUUCCUUGAUGGGAGCUUGGUAAUGCUGAACAGCCUGCAAGAGCUGGCUUGGCUGAAGAACGAGCUGCCUGUAAGUGUCUGGACCGGGCUUCACCAAAGUGUUGACGGCUCAUUGAGCUGGGCCAAUGGGACACCCUUAAACAAGGCCUUGCAGCGUUUUGUUUUCUCUCAGGGUCCCUCUAACAUGAUAAGCUGCAUGCUUGCACUGACAUCUGGCUUUCUGAAGGCUGAGUCGUGCCAGAGACCUCACCGCUGGAUAUGCCAGACCUCACGUCGGAGUGAUUUGUACAUGACGUUCCCAGGGAAAUCUUUCUACGGUGCCUGGAUUGCUGAUGUGACCUUUUCCUCACUGUCAGCUGCCAAGCAGCAGUGCACCAGCCUGGGCAGAGGCUGCAACAUGGUGGUCAGCACAGCAGUCAGCCACCGCCUUGGUGUGGGGACACGCUUUGCUACGCUGGAGGGGACUGCUGCAGACCCUGUGGCUACUGUGCAUGUCAAAUCCAAGUGCUUCCCUGGCUAUUCUGGGGAGGAUUGCCAGUCUAUGUGUCCUCGUUGUGAGCCUGGUGUGAGCUGCAAUCCACUGACGGGCCUGUGUGAUGGCUUCCUGUACUACAGGGAAGCACUUGCUGUAUAUACCUCUCUGAAGUGUUUGCCCUUUGGCGUUUGGGUAUUUGAGCAGGGGUCUUGUGUGACAUUGGAGCGCUACAGCAGUCAAGAGGAAGCUGAAUCUAUUUGCAAGAGAUACCUAGGUGCUAAAGUGUGGAAGGUCCAGAAUCCCCUGCAUGUGGGGCCGAUGGGCUUUUCUGGAACUGAAAGAAUAGUCUUGGAGACAGAAGACUUCCUUUGGGCUUGCCAGCGACCUGAAGAUGUGGAGCUGCCAUCAUUCAAGGAAAAGCUGCUCAUUUCGCUCCAGGAUGCUCCUUUGCCACAGAGCCGUGCAUCACUACAGGAAGCUAAAGAUGCCUGCUACUUACAGAAGGAGCACUGCACUGGGGUGCUGAGCUUGCAUGGUGCCUAUUACAUGGUGGCGGGAACAGUGCUGGUUGACUGUCCUGGCUCAGGUGCCAUCCUCUAUGUAAAGUCAGCCUGCUCUGCUGGCUUCUGUGGAGACAAAUGCCAGAAGCGUUGCCCUCCCGCUUGCUUGAGUAGACACACCUACAACCCCUUGACGGGUCAAUGUGAUGGCCUUCUGAGCUGUGUCCGUCAGUUCAGCCCUUCUUGUCUUCAUGGCCUGGUGAGCUCAAGAUGUCCUCAAAAUCCUGGCUGGUGGUUCUGGGAUGGACACUGCUAUUAUGUGGAGGAACACAGCAACAAAAAUUGGAAGGGGGCCAAAGCUGCUUGCGAAGCCUAUGGCAAGGAUGUGGGUUUGCUGACUCUCACUAGUGCCAAGGAAAAGGCAUGAAGCUGGAGGCGGGUGGUGGCAGCUUCUUUGAGCAAUCACUGGAUUAUGUGCAUGGGGGAGGAUCUUUUGGAGAAGACAGACCCAUAGGGGUUUGCCUGUGUUCAACAGGAGAGGCAGCCUGAGUGGAAUGGUGUCAGGAAAGUUCUGUUUCUCAUGCCU